CCGGCCUCCUCCGUACCCCCCUUCCCACCCUCCGUCCUGCCCUCCCGUCCCCCGCAGCACGACGCCCCCGGGGCCGCAGCGGCGCCGCCGGCAGGUAUGUCAGAGCACAGCAGUGAAUCCACAACACUUGAUGAGUCUCAUCCGUCUGCAGAAGAGGUCCAGUCUGGCUCUGAGGAAAGUGCAAUGGCUCAAGAAUCUCCCAAAAAUUCAGCGGCAGAAAUUCCUGUGACUAGCAAUGGACAGCUGGAAGAUUCUCAUGAACACAGCUAUAACAGGGACUUGAAAUGUUCAUUACCAGUUGGACUUGGACUUUCUGAAACCAAAAUAACAUCUCAUGGCUUUGAUGGUGCCAAAGAGGGAGUUGUUGAGGCAGGACAGUUUCCAAGUAAAGGUUCCUCAGCAUCACCCAAAUCAUCUGUUAUAUCUCCUAGCAGUGCAGCAGCUAGCAGACUGGCUGGACAAGGUUGUGAUUUAAUUAUUCCCACAGGGGGCAGAGCUCAGCAGAAGAGUGGACCUGUUGUGUUAGCAGAUGAAGUAAAGAAUCCAGCAAUGGAGAAACUGGAAUUGGUGAGGAAGUGGAGCCUAAACACUUACAAGUGUACACGUCAGAUCAUCUCUGAAAAACUGGGUCGUGGCUCAAGAACAGUAGACCUGGAACUAGAAGCUCAGAUAGAUAUAUUGAGAGAUAACAAAAAAAAAUAUGAAAAUAUCUUGAGACUGGCACAGACACUGUCCACGCAGCUCUUCCAGAUGGUACAUACCCAAAGGCAACUUGGAGAUGCAUUUGCUGACCUGAGUUUGAAAUCAUUGGAACUUCAUGAGGAGUUUGGCUACAAUGCAGAUACACAGAAACUUCUAGCUAAAAAUGGAGAAACACUUCUCGGGGCUAUUAACUUUUUUAUUGCCAGUGUGAAUACAUUGGUGAAUAAAACAAUUGAGGAUACGUUGCUGACUGUGAAACAGUACGAAAGUGCCAGGAUUGAAUACGAUGCUUAUCGAACAGACCUGGAAGAGCUGAAUCUUGGCCCUCGUGAUGCAAACACUCUGCCAAAGAUUGAACAAUCACAGCAACUGUUUCAAGUGCAUAAAGAGAAAUACGACAAAAUGCGUAAUGACGUGUCUAUCAAAUUGAAGUUUUUGGAAGAAAAUAAGGUGAAGGUAUUGCACAAUCAGCUUGUUCUGUUCCACAAUGCCAUUGCGGCGUACUUUGCUGGCAAUCAAAAGCAGCUUGAACAGACACUUAAACAGUUCCACAUCAAAUUGAAAACUCCUGGAGCAGAUGCCCCGUCCUGGCUUGAAGAACAGUAAUCAGAUCAUAGAAGAGGACCCAAUGUUAACCUAAAAUUCUUUAAAUCUAAGAAUAAUUAAGGGUUGGGGUUGAAGGACUGUUGUAGUGAUUCUUGAAUGGACAGCUUUAAUUUUUUUCCCCUUUUAUAAUACUGUAAAACUGAAUUUGAUAGGAAAGUGGGCAACUUGAAGGUAACCAAACAUAAUUUCUGUAAUUUCAAAUAUGGAGCGCUCCUUUUGUAUGUAAAGGUUGGCGGUUAUUUCUGUAACUGGGAUAGGGGAGGGAAGGAGGGAGGGGAAACAAAACUAUUAUAGAUUUGCACUGACAAAUGAUGCUUGUGAUUUCUGGUAUUUUGGUGGCUAGUCAAAAUAUUUCCAAAUGGAGGUUUACAUUAUUUGUACCAACAUCUGGUAUUUUAUAGAUGAAUAUAGAAAACAUCUUUAAUAAUUUUCAUAUGACUUUUAAAAAGGAGAAAGUUAAAAUAAUAUUUUGCAGAUGAAUAAUAUAAGGCCUAUAUGUGAUACCCACAUUUAAGGCAACAGUAGCAGAUGGCUCAUUGACAAGUGGAAUUGCAGCAAAUGCCUUUUUCUAAAAUGUACCUUUCCAUCAAAGGGUUAAAAAACCAAACAAAAACACUAAAGCAAGAAUCACUGUCAGUCUGAGGCUUCUGAGCACACAUUUUUGCUUUGCACCAAGUGGUUUGCUGAGUGAGGCCAACCAUUAAAUGUACUGAUUUCCUUUAAAAUGUUUCUUUCUCUAUGAAACAAAUGCCGUACUAGCCUUAAAUCACAGGUAUGUGCCUUUUUAUAAGAUAAUAUUUUCCACCAGUGUACAUAAUCUAAGAACCCUUUCAUGUAAUAGUUUGUCAGUUCCCAACAAGGGGAAGAUGACUGUAAAUGCUGUGUCAUUGUACACUUAGAGCAAAUUAAAAUUUUAGUUAAAUUUCAUGGACAGGUGAGAGGAAAUUAAGCCAGUAUGUUUUUUCUGUUUAAUUGAAAAGCAUACUUCAGUAAUGGGAGUAAAAUGGAGGACACAUUUUUAAUUUCUUCAUCAUUUCUGUAGUCCUUAAAUGUAAAAUUAUAUGUCAGUUUUAUCACAGACAUUUUAAAUUCAAUAUAUUGGAGUCCUCAUUUGCACAUGUUAUGUUGCUUUAUGUUAUGUUAAGUAAAAUGAAAUACUUCAAAUAUGUUAUUUACAAUGGUGUGGAUUGUAUGAUUUAUGUACUGUACGUUCAAACACUUCUCAGCUGACAUUCUUAAAGUUUUCAGUACUUAACACAACUGUAAUGUAACAGUAAAUCAAACUUUUUAAUCAUUCCUCAUUAAAUUCUUGGCCUGACAGAGCCUUCUUUAUGUUUUUGUUCUGUCAGAAUCUCUUGUAAUAGCUCAGUUACGUUCCCUAGAAUGUAUAUCCUAUGUGAAUUUUGUAUUCAUAUUAAACGUGUUUGCAGUCAAACUUUCUUGACUUGUGAUGGUUAAAAGUAGAAGGGAGUUUCUGCAGUGAAAGCUUAGUCCUGCUUUUGUGAGUUGUCACCCCUGCCAAGUGCUAAUAGUGAUGCUGUUUUAACAGUGGGCAAGUUCAACUGGAAAGUAAAUCCAUAGUGAAGCAAAUCUUUCUAUAAAUGUGAGUUUCAACUUGAACUUCUAAAGGAAAUAAAAUUUCGUUUACAAUUCUUAUGAA